CGGGGCGGCGGGAGCGGCGGCGGGGUUGAGAUCAGGGCCCAGCUGAGAAAUACUUGCCUGUGUUCUCUGUGACCUCUUGACCUGCAAACUGGGAGCAAAUACGCUACAGGUUCCUGUUGUGCCUCCCGGGAUCCUGGGAUGUUCCGGCUGCGGUUCCUGCCCGUGGCCGCGGGGCUGGCGGCGGUGGCUCGGCGUUACCAUGGGACAGCCCAGCACCCCGGCACCCGGCGUAGGCUCGUGGUGGCAGCUUUCCUCGGGACCACUGCGGCCACAGCAAGUGCCAGAUUCCUUUGGCAGAGGGCCUACGCAGAAGACUCUGUCAGACAUGGCCCCAGGACAGAGCCAGGGGAGAAGGUGAAGCAUGAGGAGGAGGAGGAGGAGAGCAGCGAGGGCAGGAGGGCAGUGGCAUCAGGCAACGAGGAGGCACCACCAGAAGGGAAGAAAAAGAAGCGUUCCGGGUUCAGAGACCGCAAGGUGAUGGAAUAUGAGAACAGGAUCAGAGCCUACUCCACACCAGACAAAAUCUUCAGAUACUUUGCCACGCUGAAGGUCAUCAAUGAGCACGGCGAGUCCGAGGUUUUCAUGACCCCGCAGGAUUUUGUGAGAUCCAUCACCCCCAACGAGAAACAGCCGGAGAACCUGGGCCUGGACCAGUUCAUAGUGAAACGCUACGAUGGGAAGACAGAGAAGUUAUCCCAGGAGAGGGAGAAGUUUGCCGACGAGGACAGCAUUUUCUACGCGCUCGGAGAAUGCGGACUCAUUUCUUUUUCCGACUACAUCUUCCUCACCACGGUCCUUUCCACUCCCCAGAGGAAUUUUGAAAUUGCCUUUAAGAUGUUCGAUCUGAACGGUGACGGCGAGGUGGACAUGGAAGAGUUUGAGCAGGUGCAGAGCAUCAUCCGUUCCCAAACCAGCAUGGGCAUGCGCCACCGGGACCGCUCCACCACCGGCAACACCCUCAAAACCGGCUUCAACUCCGCCCUCACCACCUACUUCUUCGGGGCUGAUCUGAAGGGAAAGCUGACCAUCUCCCACUUCCUGGACUUCCAGCGCAAGCUGCAGCACGAUAUUCUGAAGCUUGAGUUCGAGCGGCACGACCCGGUGGAUGGGCGGAUCACGGAGCGGCAGUUCGGGAGCAUGCUGCUGGCAUACAGCGGGGUGCAGUCCAAGAAGCUCACUGUCAUGCUCAAACAGCUCAAGAAGCACUUCCAGGAUGGAGAGGGGCUGACAUUUGAGGAGGUUGAGAACUUCUUCACUUUUCUGAAGAACAUAAACGACGUGGACACGGCUUUGAGCUUCUACCACAUGGCUGGAGCUUCUCUUGAUAAAGUGACCAUGCAGCAGGUGGCCAGGACAGUGGCCAAGGUGGAGCUCUCGGACCACGUGUGCGACGUGGUGUUCGCGCUCUUCGACUGCGACGGGAAUGGUGAGCUGAGCAACAAGGAGUUUGUUGCCAUCAUGAAGCAGCGCCUGAUGCGAGGCCUAGAGAAGCCCAAGGACAUGGGCUUCACACGGCUCAUGAGGGCCAUGUGGAAGUGUGCCCAGGAGACAGCGUGGGACUUCACAGCUCCCAAGCAGCAGUAGAGGGGUUGGGAAGGAGCACCCCCAUCCCCUGGCACAGCCCAUGGGCACAGCAGGGUGGCAGCAGGCUCUGGAGAGCCCAGGCUGUCUGUAACAGGAGGGUUUUGUCAAUCCAAGUUAGAAAUCCACGCCUGUUGUAUUUGCUUGCUGCUGGCUCUCCUUAAUAUUCCUCUCUCUCAGGAAUAAGGGAAGGACUUUUACUGCCACCACCUCUGCAGUGUGAUGUGCCCUGCUCCAGAGCUGGACCCCAAAUCACCUUUAUUUAAUGCUAUGAAAAAAUGGCAUGGGGGUUAUUUUGAUUCUCAGACUGCUCCUCGGAAAAGCCGGGCAAUUCCUGCAUUUCCUGGAUCCCAGAACCAAGAUUUCAGCCAGUCAAAAGCUCCAUGCUGCACCUGCUGCAGGAGGGCAGCUAAAAGUACUGGAGCAACUGGCUCUCCUGCAAUUCCUGCCUUGCACCAGCAUCCUGCUGCAGGAGCUCCCUAAUUGACUUCCCACAUGGAGAGCCCUCUCCGUGGGGAAUUGUACCGGGAAGGGGCUGACAGGCGUUGUGUGCUGGGUGCUGUCCUCUGUAAAAUAUCAUGUAAAGAUGUUGCUCACAGCA